UGGUCUCCGGGAAUUGUAAAAGAGUGUGGCUCAAUGGCUCAAUAGUGAUACCAGGCCGAAGGAACCACUCCCACUGCUGCCCCCAGACGCACCUGAAUACUUCAGAACCGAUAUCCCUGUUGACUCAGAGCUGAUCAGUAUUAUUCAGAAUGACUGGCCUUACUCUGUUCCUAUCGAAAUUGAACACACUCUUAUCUGGUCGCAAGACGGACUAUGUGGAUUUACAGGCAAUGACGAGCCUCCACCUCCACCUUCACCAUCCACCCUGCCGAAAUGUCUGCCUGCAGUGACCGAGUGGGGAAUCACAAUGGAGAAUUUAGUCCGCAGCCCAAAAGGCACUCCAGAGAUUGAAGAGAUGGCGAGGAAUACUGGAAGGGAAAUAGAUGGUUUUGUGGAUCGGAGAUGGGCAGAGAGCGAGUAG